GCGUCACUUUUUUAAUAUUUAUCCAAUUGAGCUGAAAUUUUUUUUAUGUGCUAUAGGUAUUUCAAAUUUUGACAUUGAGACUUGACGCAAUAAUAAAUUAUUGUCAAAUUUGAACUUUCUACGCUCAAUUUGUUGUUCAACAAUUCAAAAAAUGGCACUUCCCAAAACAGAAAAGAAAAUAGACGAUAUGAAUAAGGCGGACGAAAUGUGGAAAUGUUUUAUUCGAGCCGAAGACGACUCUCAUAUUAUCUGGCAGAGCAACUGGGGUUGGAUUAUGGAACAAUAUCGUUCACUCGAGAGUAAAUUGAAAGAGAAAAGCAAACAAUCGAAAUUCUUAACGCAAAUUCUCGAAGACAAGAAAGAAGACUCCAGAAAAGUACUGAAAGGUGCUGACACCAGUAAUCACGUAUAUGGAUAUUUAACCAAUUAUGAAGAAUUUCAGUUGGAAAUAUAUGGUCCCGACAUAUUUAAACCGAAACCGUUGCCUCCAAUUUAUCACCUCCCAAAACAAUUCGAAUAAAAUUUCAUUAUGUGUACCUAGUCGAAAUAAAACAUAAAUCUCCG